AUGGAAUCCACAGUUUCUGUGGCAACAAUCAAAGAGAUUGUUGAAAUGCUCACGAAUCCAUCACAAGAGACAUAUAUUCAAGCAACGGCCCAAAAAAAUCAGAUUUUAACAGACCAGCGUAAUGCAUACGAGUUAUUACAGAUGCUAUUGACUCAAAACAUGCCUGACAGUCAGCGUUCUCUAAUUUUAGACUUACUUACCGAUUUUAUAAGGCAGCAUAACAAAGAUUUAGCAUUGUAUGAAAUACAUAAAUCUCUCUUUGAAAUUAAUCCAGAAUUCUGUCAGUCACCACUUGUAAUCUCAAAGGUUGCAAACUUACUUGCAUUUAUUGUUAA